UGAUAUUUUCAAAAGCUUAAUAUUUCCCGAAGGACUUAGAGAUUUUAAGGAAGAAAAUUUUGUUUUCAUUUUCUGAAUCUGUUCAUUAGGAAUUUUGCCUUUCUGUGCAAAGUCCUUUGCUAAUUAUUAGGUAGAGGAUAUAAAGAAUGCUGUUUGGAUUGAGCCUUUCUGAGUGGGUUUGUUUUUCAUAGGAAGACAAAAGGUGCAAGUGACAGUCUAAGCUGUGGAAUCCAAUCCUGGAAAAGGACUUAGUUGGCAAAUUGUGGAGGACUCUGUGGGCAGGACAGAAUUUGAUUUUAUAUUUGAGCAAUGGAGAAGCAUCAUAGUUUUUGAGAAGAGGCAGGCACAUGAAUAGUUUUGAAAUUUUGGGAGAAUCUAGAUUAGAACUGCUGUAAACUGCUGGAAGAAACUGAGAUGGGGAAUCAGGCUAUGUGACCUUCUAAAGGUGAAGAGACGUAGUGGCCUGAAGAUGGAAAUGUUAGAGUUGGUAAUGGGAUUGUAUCAGAGGAGUGGUGGACUUUUCAUCAUGGCAGGUAAUGGGAUGAAGCAAAGGAUGAUAAAGUCUUAAAGGGUAAGAGGCUGAAGAAGAAUUUGGAUUUGGGAGAGAUUCUGAGACAGGACCUGGUGAUGUGGUAUGGGGAAGGUUGUUAAUUCCAAGGCUUCUAGUUUGAGGGCACGGUGGUGCCAUUAUUAGAGGAGGAAUACUGUAGGCAGAGGGAGUUUGUUAAGGAGAUAUAGUGAAUUCUGGUUUGGACUUUUUAAGUUUAUCAUGCCCGUUGGCCCUUUAGGCUAUAUCCAGAGGGGGUCCUAAAUAAGAGGGACAUAGAAUCUGGAGAUGAAAAUUUGUGUAAGUGGUAGUCUGGUGUGGAUGAACACAGAUUCUUAUUUGUGAUCAUUGGUUAGGUGAAAUUGCAUGCAUAUAUUGUGUGUUUAUCUUUUUAGUAAAGAAUCCAUAGCAUUCAUUAGAUUUUCAAAGGGUUCGUUAUCCUAGAGAGUUUAAGAACCAGUGAGACAGAACAGAAAGACCCAAGAAGGAACCUUGGCAAGCAAGUAGUUUUAGGAGGUGGCAAAGAGGAAGCUGAGAUAGGUGAGAUGUAAAAGACUUGGGGAAAAGGGAAAAAUGGCAUGUAAGAGAGAAGUUGAAGCUGUACGCUUCAUGAUCUAAUUAAGGUAAGUAUCUAUGUUGGAUAAAUUCAGCUUGAAACAUUUUCUGAAUGUGACUGAGAGGUCGUGAGGUCAUCUCCAUAGAGAUCCUAAUGGAAGCCUUGAGAGGGGAGAAGAUGAGAAAAAAUGUGUGAGCUGAGCGAAAGGAAUGCCUGACUUUAGGUGUCCACAGUGGGCUAGCUACAGAAGAGUAAGAGGAGGUGUGGUCAGAGACCAAAGACCUGGGAGUCCACAUUGUCAGCGGAGCUGGGGGACAUAGUGGUCACUAGGGAUCAGUAGUGAGGAAUGUGGAGAGCACAGUGCAGCUGAAAGACAAGCUGUUGGGUUUGUUGACUUUCAGCUCUCCUAAAGAAAACAUAGUUUUAACCAGAAUUUCAUUAUGCUCACAUUCCUGCUGGUACAGUAUCCGGUCCUGUUAAGGUGUCUGUGAUUACGGCAGGCUAGUCAGAACCACCAUUUAGUCAUCGCUUUUUGUUACUUUUGUUUGUUUUUAAGCAUACAUUAAUUAGUCCUGUUAACCACACUGCAGAGCUGGUUGCUUUCAGUAAGUGGAAAUUUGAGACACAGCAAAAUUAAUUUGCCCACAGAUACCCAGCUGGGAAGUGAUAGAGCAUGUCUGCCUGGUACCUCAGUGAUACUCAACCAAAGAUCAGAGUUGAGAAAAUACAUGCUUUCAAUAGGAGAAAAUAUCUAUUGUCUGUUUUCUGUGUGAUUCACUUUUUUAGCCUUUUACAAAACCUUUCAUGCAAGGUCAUUCACUUAGAAUUCAUUGAGCACCAGUUCUUUGCAAGGACUCAGGGGGCACCUGCCCUUCAGUAGCUCCUGCUCCAGACAGUGUGGUGCAGUUGGAUGGGAGCCCGGAAGGCCCGUGGGGAGUCCUGUGGGGGCAGAAGGCCGGGUGGCGUGUGGCUGCCUGUGUCUGGCUUCACAAACCUUGGCAGCUGGGUGUGGAUGUACGACUGGGAGUUUGCCUUGAGACGUGCACUCCAGGUAGAGCAGAAUGCACAUGCCAGGGCACAGAGGUCUGAGCAUGACACAUCCCAUCUGGUCAGGAAAACCAGGAGUUGUCUCGGAAGGGAGGGCCUUGGAGAGAAGACUGGAGGGGAGGCAGCUGGGAUGGGCAGGAUUGAGUUCUGAAGGACUUUGUUUUCUCAGGAGCUGGGACUUGAGUUGGUGGGUGAAAGUCACUGAAGGAUGCCCUUUUUCUGCUGGUUACUCAUCAGAUUUUGUGUUUCCCUUGUUGUCUCUCUGACUUUCUACCUACUGUACUUGUUCUCUUUUCUUUAUGCUUCCUUAGGAAUACUCAGUCAGUGGGUGUGAUUUUUACCCCUUCUCCAGGGACACUGCGAAAUGUAUGUGGGUUUUGUUUUGCUUUUUGUUGUUACAUUGAUUGGAGGUGUUAAUGGCCUUUGGUGUGUAUGUGGUGGAGGUGGACGUGCCACACGACCCACGUGCAGUGUGCAGGCAGCACAGUCAGUCCCUGCAGCGGAGGAGCAUCCUGUUAAGAUGCCAGUGGUGUUUCCCUCCAGCCCAUCCCCAAGAAACGCUGGGCCCUGGGCAGGUCCUGCCUUCCUGUGAGAGUCAUCUCCUCCAUGAACUUCCUUCUUACUCUGGGCUCUGGCACUCCGCCCAUCCCUCCCUUGGAACUUUGCUGGGUUUUGGUACCACCUGGUUGAAAGGCAGGACCAGCGAUAGUAUAAAUCCUCUACAGAGGCUCCAGACUAGAUUCCUAGUUGUGCUGGCUUAACUGUUAAUGUAACUUUUAGUAAAGAAGUCCCUUGUGUGGUUUUUGGAGCUCGAAGAUGUGAGGAGACCAUCUUACAUGAGCAACAGAAAAUCCAGUUUCUGAACAGCUUUGAGUGCAAGUAAAACGCAAAGAGAAUUCAUUUUGAUAUUAGUAACACCCCUAAUAAUGUGUUCCUGGUGGGGACUGCAGGUGAUACGUCAUUCUGCUGAAUUUAUUUUGUAUGUUCUCAAUUCUGAAGUAUUAAUAAAAAUAUUUUCUUGUAAAGCAUCCAGGUUGAGUUUUCUGGGAACUACAUAUAGUUUAUUCCUCACCUUGCUCUCAGCAAUGUACCUACUAAGUAGAAGACGACCGAUUGCCCAACAGACAUCUCCAGCUACCCCACCCCUCUUGCAGCCUGCUCUGCCUGCCCACCGGCCUGACCCUGAGAUGCUCUUUCUUCCUUUUUGCUUUUCUUUCCUCUUUCACUUCUUGGGGCUCCUGUACAUUUGAAAACCAACAUUAUACAUGUUGUCCAAGGUCUGUCUCAGAUGCUGAGUGUUUCAGCAUGCUCUGCGCUCUGAACCCAUCUGUGGCUGGUGGGAGCUGGGGGUGGGGUGUAGGCGUAAAGUCUGCAUGGACUUCACCGUGACCAGCUGACUAGCAUUAGUUGCAAGCUUGUCUUAGGUGCUGUGGUUUCAGUCGUUUUCAUCCUGACCUUUGCGGUAUAUAUUUUUUUCACUUACAGGUAAGGAAACCAGGUCUCAGGUAACUUGCCCAGGGAUCACAGGUUGUAAAUGUAUAACAGAACUGAGAUUUGUUCUAGACCUCAAUACGUGUCAUUUUCCCCCCAUGAUCUACUCUAGACUUCCUGUGUUACAGCGAGUUACCUGGAAGCAUGCUUCCUGCAGUCUGAGUUCCUGAAUGUGUUGGCACCAAGGUAUAAAAUGAUCGUCAUGUGACCAACUUGGGCCUGUUGUGGAGAUGCAAGAUGCAAAAUAGUAACUUUGAACAUCAAGGGCUAAUUGCCUUUUACAACUCUACGAAGUUCAUUUCCUUAUAAGAAUUUCCAGUGGGCGGAAUGAUAUAUACUCCAGGACACAAGCUGGUAGCUGAACCUUCACAGUUCUUUACAUUUUCCCGGGAGCAGUAGAAAAUGGACGUAUGUCAGGGUUCAGUGUCAUUUGAAGACGUGGCUGUGGAGUUCACCCAGGAUGAAUGGCAGUAUGUGACCCUGUACAGAGAUGUGAUGCUGGAGAACUACAGCCACCUCAUCUCUGUGGGGUAUUGCUUUCCCACACCUGAGGUGAUUGUCAAGUUGGAACAAGAUGAAGAACCCUGGUCCUUAGAGGAAGAAUCCCUAAACCAGAGGUAUCCAGGACGUUACAGAGUUGAUGUCCACAUUGAGGGGAACCAGGAAAAGCAAGAGAAACCUCUGUGGCAGGUAAUACUCAUUGAUAACAAAAUAUUAAGUAAAGAACAGCAGAAAGUUUUAGAGAAACCAUUUAAUCUCUAUAUAACUCAAAAUUCUUUAGGAAAAAUGCCCUGUAACUCUGACUCACGUAGAAUGAAUUUGCCAGUUGUUUCUGAAUUAAUUAUUAGUGGUAGAAACUCUUUCAGAAAGAAGGCUGAUUCCAUGAAUGUGUGUGAAAAGUUGCAGCUGGUUAUUCAGCAUGAGAAAACUCUUACUAAAGAGCAGGCUUCUGAAUAUAACAGAAACGUGAAGGCCCUCAGUUACAUGAAAGAUCAUCAUACCUUUCAAACUCGGGAGCAAUCUUUUGAAUGCAGUGAAUUUGGAAAGGUUUUGCGCAAGAAGGCUGCCUGUGUUGCAGCUGAGAGUUCACUAACAGAAGAGGAGUCCUGUAAGCAUAAUGAAUUUACGGAAAACUGUGAUAAAGCAACUCUUUUUAACCACAGGAGAACUGGUAGAAAGGAGAAAUGCUUUGAUCUUAAUGAAUGUAGUGAGUCCUGCGACAGAAGCACUGUUGGGGAAUGCGGUGAGGUUCACACAGCUGUGACGCGCUGUGAAGGUAAUGAAGGUGGGAAUAGUUGGGGCAGGAGUUCACUCCCCACUCAGCCUCAGAGAACUGUUACAGGGCAAGGUGCUCUUGAAAGCAGUAAGAGGGAAGGAAACUUGAGCCACAGCUCUGCCCGUGUAGUACCUCAGAAGACACAAACUGGAGGUAAACUCUGUGUUUAUAAUGGAUUUACAAAUGCCUUCUACCAGAAAUUAGACCUUACAGUACAUCAGAGAACUCACACAGGAGAGAAAUUCUACCAGUGUGAUAAAUGUGGGAAAUCCUCCCAUCAGAACUCAGCCCUCCGUGUACAUCAGCAUUGUGACACAGGUCAGAAGUCAUUUGAAUGUACUGAGUGCAGGAAGUCCUUUUACCAUAAAGCACACCUCAUUCAGCAUCAGAGGAUCCACCCAGGGGAGAGAUCCUAUGAAUGUAAGGGAUGUGGAAACUCCUUUUGCUCAAAUUCGCAUCCCAUACAUUAUCCUGGAACUCUUACCGGAGUCAGUCUCUAUAAAUGUAGUGACUGUGAGAGAACUUUUGCUGAUAAUUCAACCCUCAGAGGACAUCAGAGAAUUCACACAGGAGAGAAACCCUUUGAAUGUAAUGACUGUGAGAAAACUUUUGCCCAUAGUUCAGCCCUCAGAGCACAUCAGAGAGUUCACACAGGGGAGAAACCCUAUGAGUGUAAUGACUGUGAGAAAACCUUUGCCCAUAGUUCCGCCCUCAGAGCACACCAGAAAAUUCACACUGGGCUGAAACUGUACAAAUGUAGUGAAUGUGGGAAAACUUUUUCCCAGAAGACACACCUCAGGACACAUGAGAGGAUUCACACAGGUGAGAAACCCUAUGAAUGUAGUGAAUGUGGGAAAACCUUCUCCCAGAAAUCAUACCUUAGUGGACAUGAGAAAAUUCACAGAGGAAAACCUUACGAAUGUAAUGAAUGUGGGAAAGCUUUUGUCUAUAAGGCAGCCCUUAUUGUCCAUCAAAGAAUUCACACAGGAGAAAAACCUUAUGGAUGUAAUGACUGUGGGAAAACUUUCUCCCAAAGGACACACAUUUGUGCACAUCAGAGAAUUCACACCGGGGAGAAACCUUAUGGAUGUAAUGAAUGUGGGAAAACUUUCGCUGAUAAUUCAGCCUUCAGGGCACGUCAGAGAAUUCACAAAGGGGAGAAACCCUAUGAGUGUAGUGAAUGUGGGAAAACUUUUUCUAAGACAUCGCACCUCAGAGCGCAUCUGAGGACUCGCACAGGGGAGAAACCCUAUGAAUGCAAUGAAUGUGGGAAGACUUUCUCCCAGAAGUCGUAUGUUAGUGCACAUCAGAGAAUUCACGCAGGGGAGAAACCUUAUGAAUGUAAUGUAUGUGGGAAACCUUUUGGCCAUAAUUCAACCCUCAGGGUACAUCAGAGAAUUCACACAGGUAUAAAAUCCUACAAAUGUAAUGAAUGUGGGAAAUCUUUCUCCCAAAAGUCACACCUUAGUGCACACCAGAGAAUUCACACAGGAGAGAGACCUUAUCAGUGUAAUGAAUGUGGGAAAGCUUUUUCCCAAAAUUCAACUCUUGGGGUACAUCUGAGAAUUCACACAGGGGAGAGACCUUAUGAAUGUUGUGAAUGCCAAAAAGCCUUUGUCUGUAAGGCAGCUCUUAGAGUGCAUCACACCAGAAUGCACACCAGAGAGAAAACCCUUGGCACGUAGUGAAUUUGGGAAGUUCUGAAGGAAGUUAUACCUUGUUAGACAGCACAGUAGAGGACCCCAUGUCACAUGGACUGGCAAGUUAUUUCCCUUAACUGUUUUCCUUUUCCACUGGGUAUAUAGCUUGUCUUUCCUUCAUCUGGGUGGGGCUGAUCAUAGAGUGUGAUGCUGUUACGUUUAAGCUAAGUCUGACCUUAAUAAAUCACCUUAAAUUCUU